UUUGGCGUUGGAAGCGCAGACGCACGCAAAAUGCGAGCACACAAAGUUUGGUGACAUUUAGUAACUGGAACACUUUCAUGUAUACGCAUUAUCCAAACAUUUCUACAGAGAAGUACUAUCGCUUCAUAAGGAUCUUCGUUCAUAAGGAACCUGGCUUUCAGAAGGAAUUCUAUUCUUUUUCAUCGUGUUUUUAUUUUUGACUCCGUGUUUUGAAGGUGGAAGAGUUCUUUCGUUAAACAUGUUUAUUAUUCUGUUUACUUUGUUCCUCUGUUGCUUUGGGAUGUAACAAGGAAGAUUUUUUAUUUUUUUUAUUUGCCAUAAAAUACAGUUUUUGUUGUUGUUGUUGUGUGUGUGGUUUUUUUUUCUUUCUCUCUUUUUAUUUUUAUUUUUUAUUUAUUUUUUUUGAUGUCUUUUUAAAUGGUAUGAUUUAUCCUUUGAGUUUCCAAACAAACAUUUUUAACAGUCAGGCUUUUUUUAUGUAUUUUUUUUGUGAAAUCACACUGUUGCUUUUCUACCCGGCGCCCCAAAGCUUUUCUUGGAGCUGGAGUUGUUUAUAGCAUCAAUAUCACGUAACGCUGCAUAUGGAUGCACAUGUGUUUUUUAAAUCAUAGACAGUAAGUGGCACUUGAACCCUGCGAUGCACAAGUCCUGCCUCACCGUACUUCUGGUGCUGCGCGGACUCAUCAUCUGCGUCUGUUCCAGCGAUGAGCACCCUGGACUGUACAAGGACACAACUGUGAUCUCAGAUCCAUGUCUGAAAGUGAGCCCUCCAUGUAUGACAGAGGCUGACCGCUUCAGCCUGGAGGCUCUUCAGCACAUCCACAGAGAGAUGGAUGAUGAUCAGGAUGGAGGCAUUGAGGUGGAGGAGAGUGUUGAGUUCAUCAUUGAAGAUAUGCAGCAGCAACAACAGGCAAACAAGCACAGUAAACUCCAUCAAGAGGACCAGCAUAUCACUUUGGAGGAGCUUUGGAAAGGCUGGAAAUCUUCUGAGGUUCAUAACUGGACUCAGGAGGAUGUCUUGAGGUGGCUAAGAGAGUUUGUUGAGUUGACUCAAUAUGAAAAGGGCUUCAAAGAGCUGCAUGUCAAUGGGAACACCUUGCCCAGAAUUGCUGCCAAUGAGCCAUCAUUUAUGAGCACUUAUCUGAAGAUCCAGGACCAGCAACACAAACAAAAACUCAAGCUCAAAGCUCUGGAUGUAGUGCUGUUUGGCCCACCUACACGACCCCCACACAACUGGAUGAAAGACCUGGUUCUGAUAGUGUCAGUAGUAAUGGGUGUUGGUGGAUGCUGGUUUGCAAAAGUACAGAAUAAAGCAUCUAAGGUACAUAUUACAAAGAUGAUGAAGGACCUGGAGAGCUUGCAGAGAGCUGAACAAAGCCUCAGAGACUUACAGGAGCAGUUGGAAAAGGCCCAGGAAGAGAAGCGCACCGUGGCAGUAGAGAAGAAGAAUCUAGAGGAAAAGAUGAGGAAUGAGAUUCAGGGCGCUCAGGAAGAGGCCAACCGCCUGCACAAACUCCGAGAUGGAGCAGUGAGUGAACUCAGCCGUCUUUGGUAUGCAGAAGAAGAGCUCGGACAGGUGCGUAAUGCAUUGAAGAGGGCCGAAAAAGACAUGCAGUCCCUCUGGUCAGUUCCUGAAACUUUGCAGCUGUGGCUACAGCUCACCUAUGAGGUGGAGGUCCAGUACUACAAUGUCAAGAAGCAAAGUGCAGAACAACAACUCGUUACAGCUAAAGAUGAGGCUGAGAAGAUCAAGAAAAAAAUGAGCUCUGUGUUGGGUACACUACUUGUUGCUCACAGCUCCUCAUUGGAUCAAGUGGAUCAGAGAAUUCUGGAGGCCAAGAAUGCACUAGCAGAGGUGACUGCUUGUCUACGGGAGCGUCUGCAUCGAUGGCAGCAGAUUGAGAGCUUGUGUGGUUUUCCUGUGAUGAAAAAUGCAGGCCUACCCAGUCUCUCUGCUUCACUCUACCCAGACCCCAACUGGAUGCUAAUGCCCCGGGCUGUAAUUCAGUCCUAUCAAGUGCCUGUUUCGGUGGAGGACAUGGAGAAAGAAAUGCCGCAGAUUAUACCUAAGAUUCCUGGAACAGUUUCACCUCUGAAAUGUUCCCCACGAUCUCUGGUAUGCUCUCGCCGAUCUGGGCAUAUUGUGCCAUCACCUGUCAUCGUAUCUCCUGACCCAGACCUCCUGAUUCCCAUACGAACUCCAGUACGCCGAUAUGGAGAUGAAGAAGAAGAAGAGCAUAUCAAAUUCUCCCCCCUUGUGAGACAAGACUCUAUGGAAACAUCUUCAGAUCCGGAUUCUAUCGGGUCCUCCAUCAACAGAAUGUACAGCACCCUUGAUGUUUCUACUCGAAGAAAAUACAUUUUCUCUGACAAAAUGCCCCGAAAGAUCUCCCUGGAUGAACAAGAGGACAUCCCCUCCCGCAAGAUCUCGGAGGAAGAGAUGGAUGAAUCUUUGGUGAACACUUUAAGGAAAGUUUCACGAGACGAACUGGACAUCAAUACUCCAUCAAGAAAGACAUCUAGAGAUGAACUAGAGGCCACUGUGGACCAUCCUAAACAAUUAGGUAGAGGAGAAAUUGAAGCUAGCAUCGAUUCAAGGAAAUCACCCAGGGAUCUACCUCUGGAUUCCACAAUGAGGUACUACUCUACAGAAAAGAUGUGUCCAGCGUUCAGCAUGGAUACUCAGAGACAACGAUCGCUCAGAAAAGAUCAUAUGGACAGCAUUUCAAGAGUGAUACCAAAAGCAGAGCUCAAUAAAGAUACCACAAGAUAUUCAGAUGCCUUAAUGAACACUUCCAUUAAACGCAAAGAAAACCUGGAUUUUCCAACCAAUAUCCAGCGAGGAAGAGUGUUUAGGGAAAACUCCUUUGAUGCCACCUUUGAUAGUUCAGUGGAAAGCUCUAAACAAUUAAAAAUGGUAGGCAAAACAUAUUCAUCCAAAGACAUCCCUUCACGAAUGACGGCACAAGAUGAAUUUGAUGUGCCCACGGAUUUCGAAAGACAGAAAAUAAGAGAUAUUUCAAUGGAUAUGGCUACAAAAAACAUACUGAAAGAGGAGUUUGAGAGAAGCAAAUCCUUUAAAGAGAACAGAGAAAUCCCCUCAAAAAAAAUCUCUCGAGAUGAGCAAGAUAUAGCAAUGGAGACACAACGAAUACAACGCAAGAUAGACAGCUCUGUGGAAACUCCCAUUGGUAAAAUACAGAGGGAGAUGGUGGGUCUAUCUGUGGAGGCUCCAAGGUGUAAGAUAUCUCAGGAAGAAUUCCUGGUUACAAACCCGCCUGACCUUACCGUUUGUUCCGUGAUGCUCUGGAAACCAGCCUCAGACUCGCUCAGCACACUGGUGUAUGACGGCAUUCUAGACAAGUCCAACGAAAACCCUCUCAUGCCUAGUCCUGGCGAUCUCAGUCAUGCGUCUUCAGUGUCUUGCUCUUCCCAAAGCCUUCUCGGAAAUGAAGGUCAAUCUGCAAAUUUGUCUUCUUCAGAAUCUUGUGGUAGAGACAAGGGCAAGAAAUCUUCAAAGCUCAAGAAUAUAUUCAAAAAGAUAAAGGGAAAGGAAAAAGAUAAAGACUCAUAAAGGUCAACGACAAGUAGGAAUUCAGACACUUUUUAAAAAGGCUCUUAUAAAAUGUAGAAAGCUGCCUUGUAAACUAGAACAUAAGCAUAGCUAAACAUGCUGAAUGAAGUAACCUUGGAUUUUCUUGCAAAAGGUUUUUCUUCGAUAAGCAGGGCCCUCAGCUAAAUGGAUGCAAUCUUGUGAAACAAAGAGCAGAACUGCACUUUUGCAACUUGGAUUCAGAGAUACUGUAUUACAUAAGGCGUUAUGUCCAGAGAUAUUAAUUGCACAUUUUUCUUUCUUUAUUGUGGAUCUAUUCAUCAUUUUAAAUAAUUUGCAAUGACAUGGACAUGUGGGGUUUUUGCUCAGAUGAACUGAGAUUUUUGCAUAUUAACAAAUCAUGUAGCAUUGAAGACACAAUCACAACAUGCUCAACUUAUUUAUUAUUUAUUUGAUUUACCAACCAAAUAACUACUAAAGGUUUCCUAAGAUACUGUAUUUACAACAGGACUAGCAACAUGUGUAUAUAAAAAUAUGAGCCUAUUAUUCAUAAAUGUGUUUCAGUGUAUUGGGUUUGAUCCUAAAUGGAACAAACCUCAGAGUCACCUUUCAAAAGAGACCAAAACCAUGCAUAUACUCCAAAUGGUUCAAGAACAGCACACAGUUUACUUUGGGUAUGCCUUUUAGGCAAAUUUUACAGGAAUGCUAAGGGGUUAAUCAAAAUGUUGAUUAAACCUUGCUUGAAAUGUGCAUUAUAGCAGUCUGGGGUUUACAGAUUUUAAUCACCUUGAAAUUAGCCAUACAAAAUGUCUAGGCUGCUACAAUGAACACUUCAGAGGCAAAGUUAGUGUCUGGAUUUGUCCAAAUUUGCAUGACUAAAAUGACAAUAUCUGUGAAUAUUUUAGAUAAAGAAUUUGAUUGAAAAUGUUUCAAACAUAUGAUCUGAAGCAACAGCAAAUAAACAAGAUAUUCACAAACAAAGCAGUAGGCCUAUUUGUGUCCAGAGAUAUAGGUGGAAGUUUUAACCACAACAUAUACUCAGAUUUUUUUUUUUUUUUUCUCAGUUGUCUGUCAUUAUUUUUAUGGAGCAAUCGCUUUUUUUUUGCUAAUCUAAGUAGAGGUUGAAUUAAAAAGCUCGUAGUCAAAAGUUUUUUCUUACCAAUUUUAGAAAUUUUUGAUGUUAUCAAAACGGGGUUUUCCAGUAUCUUUUGACGAUUUGGUGCUGCAGGUUCUUGUAAAGUGGUAAAUCAUUUGAUGUUGAACCACAAAUGUUUCCAGUGGUUUUUACUGUUUUGUUUAUUUUUAUUUUUUUGGAGAAUUUUCUGUUUAAUUUUAUAUGUGUGUGUGUGUGUGUGUGUGUUAAUAUAUAGCUGUAUUGACUUCAUUAUUAUUAUUAUUAUUAUUAUAAACAAUUGCAUAUUUGAGGUCAAAAUUUUUAACCUGCGGACACUGUUUUUUGAAACUACGAAUUCAAGUAAGCAUGUUCAAUUGUUUCCAACCAACCGGAAAACCACAACUUUCAAAUCUCACUUCACUAGUGCAUUUAGAGCUUGCUUUGUUUAAAUGACAAACCUGAAUAUGUGGGUAGAGGCUAUGGUUAUGGAAACAAGCAAUCGUACGUGUCAUCAGGCUGCAGAGCAAUACACAUCACAAGCAAAAACAUUCUCAUAAAAACACAUACAAAACAUGCUCACAUUCAACUAAUUCAGAUAUUUAGCGGCCAAAGCAAACGUUCUGAUCUUCACUGAAGAAAGAAUUAUCACUAAAGUUCAGAGAGUUUUAGGAAGUGACUGGUAUAACAGGAUGUAACAGUAGGCUUCCUGUUAUGGCCUGCUUUAAUGUUACCACUGAAAUUCUGCUAAGGGCUUUUAUAAAAAAUUAAAUCUCAACAUGUUGUCACUAGUUACAGUAUAUUAAUUCAGCUUCAGUUAGACAUGAACUGAUUUGCACAAAUGUGAUGUGCUGACAACAAUAUAACAUUUGAUGCAUUUUAAAAAUUGUAAAGAUCACUUAAUAUUAGAAUGAAAGUGUAUUUUUUUUACUUUAAGAGUUUUUUAAAAUUAAACUUUCUUUGAGUUUAACAACCAGAUGUGUACUAAUUCAAAUACUAAUAAAUUUGAUAAAACUCACAAUAUAAGCAAAAGAAAAAAUCCCCAACCUUUAAAGAUUUCAAAGCCCUUUAUCAGAAAUCCCUCCCACCACAGUCAGCCAGGCGACAUUUACAUUGAAGACCCUUUGCUUUUAUCUUAUCAGUCACCCAAGAUGGAGCGAGCAAUAGUUAUUGUCGUUGCACUUGUAUGUGUUUUGUUCUGUGAACAGCAGAGAGUCUUUGGGGCAGAAGUGAACAUGAGAGUUAAAGCAGGAGACAGCAUCACUCUCUACUCAGACUGUGUCAUACCAUUAGGAUCGCACAUUUUUUGGUGGAGAAACUGCUCACAUGAGCAUCAACCAUCUCUGUUAAUAGAGGCUGACAACCUGUUCCAGGGGACAUUUCCACGUUUUAGUUUUGUGCUCAACAGCUCCAGUAACUCCUAUGAUCUACAUAUUACAAACAUCAGCAUCUCUGACGAGGGACUGUAUUAUUGUGCAAUAAAAGAAAGGAAAGUACAUGAUAUACACAACAUCGUAGGAUCUGAGUACCAGUAUGGAAACAGAAAGACUCGUCUUUCUCUCUUGGAGACAGCGUCUCCUCAUGCUGAGAGGUUUAACAGCACCUCCACACCUCCUGUAUCAGACCAUUGCUGGAAUCCACUGUUCAGUGUGUGUCCGGUGUGUGUUCUCCUCUGCUCUGUCUGUGUUUUCUGCCUCUGUCGGAGGAAAGCUACAGUUGCUGCAGCAACACAGACUGAGAACAGAUAUUAUGAGAGUGAAGAUGAAGUGUGCUAUGCCUCAUUGAACACACUUUCCAUGCUGAAGAAAAAGACAUUGCAGAAUUCUGAUUUGUGUACUUACACUGAGGUCCAAACCAAAAGAACAUAGAGGAUUCUAGAACUCACUAAGGCUUGAAAUAUUUAACCCUCGGUUGUUCUAAACCCUGGAAAACGCAAUCAUGGCUCCUUGCUUCACAUUUCACACUUUUCAUUAUAAUUAACCUGGGGAUAAUUAAUCCUGGGUAUUCAGAAACAGAAA